AUGGCAACUAGUCUUGUCUCUGCACCAGCAGCUGAUCCCAGUCGUCCAUAUCUCUUCCCCAUCGCCAGCAGUAGCUGUGUUUUCUUCUCUGCACUGGGAGCAAGAACUAGCAGGGGCGCGGUCAUCACCAGUUGCAAUUCCUCAUCCACUUUGAGAAGCAAUAAGCAAGAGCAGAGGGCCGGAUCUUCCUUCAUGAGCAGCGUCCAGUCGUCUCAGCGCCAUCGCUUUCACCUGUUUCAGUGCCAGACAUACCUGGUGGAUAGGGUGCCACUAGUAGAAGGAUGCAAACCGGUUAAGCAAAAGUUGAGAAGAAUCCAUCUGGAUGUCUUAGUAAAAGCACAAAUUGAAAAGCAGUGGAACAUCGAUUUUCUAGAAGCAGUUAAGUAUCCACAAUGUGCAUCGAACAUAAUGAUAGUACCUAAAAAGGAAGAUAAAAUCAGAGUUUGUGUGGACUUUAAGGAGUUAAGCCGAAUUAGCCUUAAAGACAAUUUUUCUCUACCACACCUAGAUAUGUUGGUUAACAAUGCAUCACCCAAAUGGAAAGUUCUACUGGCUGAGUACGACAUAGUAUAUAUGACAAGGAAAGCCAUGAAUGUCAUCGCCGAUCACCUAGCUAACCAUGCUAUGGAAUAUUAUGAGCUGUUAAACUUUGAUUUUCCUGAUGAAGAUGUGUUUUCAGUCGAGGAAGGGAAAUCAGAUUGGUGGAUUAUGUACUUUGAUGCGAAAGGAAAAGGGCAAACCAAGGACGAGAAGUUGAGACCUUACCAAGAAUACCUGUCUGAAUUGGCUAGAAAAUUUGAGGAAAUAAAGUUCACCCAUCUAGGAAGAGAAGGAAACCAUUUUGCUGAUGCUUUGGUCACACUAGCUUCUAUGACUAGAAUAGACUUUGGGCACAAGGUGCGACCGAUACACAUUGAUACCAGAAAUAACUCAGCUCAUUGUUGCUCAGUUGAAAGAGGAAUAAAUGGAAACCCUUGGUACUAUGAUAUCAAGAAUUUCAUCCAAAACCAAACAUAUCCCAUAGGGGCAUCCACAAUCGACAAGAAGACUUUGAGGAGGUUGGCAAUGGAUUUCUAUCUUGAUAGGGAAACUUUGUAUAAGAAAUCAUCUGAUGGAACAUUGUUGAGAUAUUUGGAUGACGUGGAGGUAAAAGGUGGUGAAGCAAUUUGUGAAAAGAGAUUUGAUCUAUCGAUAUGGUCCACUAGAAAAGAUUAUAUCUAA